ACUACAACUUCUUACUACACACCCGAUCUCACUUCAACGGUGCGCAAGACGGUCCGCUCCGGUGCUGGUUCCGCUUACAACAAUCUUGGACAUACUACCGAUGAGGAGGAUACGCGCGGUGAAGAAUCUGAAAGAAUCAUUUUCCGCGACACUCCACGUUCUCCCAAGGAUUCACCGAUCGUGCGCCUCUGGAAACGGCUUUCUGGCAAUGGUGACGAGUUCAAAGCCGGGCCUCCCGGAACUUACUACGACAUGAAGGUGAAUUGGUGGGACGAUAUUCCGCGGCUGCUCUUGAUCAUCUUCUCCAUUUUCUUCGUGAUUCUGGCGAUCGGAUACGUGACAACCGCUCACCCCGACACUCUGGCCAAUGGAGCUAAAGUUGUUGCCGCUUCGACUCGUGAUAUGGUCGGCUUCUUCUACCAAUACCUCAUCGUUCCGUCUGCUGUGCUGGCCGCCCUUGCUGUAGCCGUCAUUGCCGUCUACUACACCCAUCGCUACUAUCGCAACUCACGCGCCGAAGAGGAGGGCGCCUUCUUCGAUCUGGUGGAGAAGAUUACCGACACUGUCCGUGAUUCUGCUGCCGAUGGCGAGGAAUAUAUUAGCGUGCCCCAUGUCCGCGACGUCAUCUUCCCUCCGGCUCGCCGCCGUCCCGCCGAACUGGCUCGCUGGGAGCGCGCCGUGGAGUACGUCAACGAUAACGAGUCGCGCAUCGCCACCGAGACUCGCCUCAUCCGCGGACACGAGUGCGCCGUCUGGAAAUGGCUGGAGGCGAAGAAGACCGGAUGGCAAGGCAAAGCCUUCGCCGAAGCCCUUUCGCCGAACGUCCCAAAACAGGGCCUCACCAAGUUCCUAAAAAUUCGCGAUAUGGUGGCUAACGACGGGUCGGAUCGCCUAAAGGCCGAGCUGGACAUGCGCGACAAGCUGCGCCCGAUUCAACCAUUACAUGUUGGAUAUUGUGCCGACCAUAGCACUAACGAGAAGCUAAUUUUCGCGAUGUUCUCCACUAACGACCAGGCUCAUAAAGCCUUUACUGCCCUUCAUGGCGAGUGGUAUUGCGGUCGCCUCAUCAAUGUUCGCGAUAUAUUGCCAACGCCUGUGGAUCAAUCAACUGUUUUUGGCCUCUAUCAGGUCAAUCUGGAAUUCAAUUGGCCAUCUUGUGUGGAAGAAGAGUCCUUCCAUUUCAUUUCCGUUUUCACAUACCUCUUUCCUGGAAAGAUGGUAAAAUUCACGGGAAAGCCCAAGGAUAAGGACGAAGCCUCCGAUUCUGACAAGGAGGAUGACGGAGAGGCAAGAAUUCAACUUUUUUUUAUUCGUGAAGAGUUGCUGUCGCUCAAGGAUGAACACCUGCCGCUCGAGAAAGCUGUUGAGGAAGGGACCCGUUGCCUGGCCCGUGCCGCACUUUCACUACGCAAAUUGGCUCGUGAUGCUGAAUGUACCUUGCCUGAUAUCCUCAUCAAAAUGGUGGCUUCGGAAAAAGUCGUCGCCUACGCUCGCAUUUCUCCAGCAGAGGGAGAUUGGCAAGUGCGCAACACGCACGAGCGCUGGAUCCCAUCCGAGAAAGGCCGCGUCGUCUACGAUGACAAGCUGUUCGAACUACAAGAACGAACGGCUGAGGGGUGGACUUUCGUGGCGCAUACGGAUGUUUGGGGCGCUAAAAUCUCGCAGAAGACGAUGAGCACGGCUCCGAAUGGGUGGAAAUACGAAGGCUCUUGGGCUCGCGACUUCCAUUCCACCGGAGACAAAGAGGGCUGGAUGUACUCCGUCGGCGGCCAGUUUGACGGCUCUGAAGCGAACGAGAGGGCUGAAAGCGGCAGCAUUUUGGACGUGCAGGCUAACAUUGGAAUCGAUGACAACUGGGAGUAUGCCACCAAACAAAACGGCGUCUUCCACGACAAGUGCAUGCCAGGGGACCGCGCACGUCGGCGUCGUUUCGUUGCCCCUGUCGUGAAGAACGACGACCCGGUGACCAACUACAACGCGAUGCGCCAGUUCGAGAUCCACGACGUCGUCUCUCAAUGGCAGCUACGUGCCUAUGUCUUUUGGGGCAAAGAUCUGCUGCCCGUGACGAAGGACUUCUCAUCGAGGGCCUUUGUUCGCUUCUCCUACCUGCACCACACCAAACAAACGGCUGUCGUGGAUCGUACGGCGAAUCCAGUCUUCAACGAAUCGCUGGUUUUUGACAAGUUAUUGAUCCCCGGCUCUCACAACACCAUCAUCGACUGCCCUCCAUCCGUUUUUGUCGAUGUCCGAGGAGAGCGACACGAUGAUUCUGAAUGCUUCCUCGGCCGCUUCACAGCUUCUCCGACCGUUAUCUGUUCUGCAACGGAACGACGUGCGAAGAUGCGCUGGUUCACCCUGUCUUUCGGCCAAGGCCGCACCCGUGGCUCGUUGCUGUGUGCCUUCGAAUUGUUCCUCCGCGACACCAAUCACAAAGUCGAACUGCCCCUGAUGCCGGCAAAGAAGAAGACCAGUGGCAUCGAGGUGCCGGCCGAGUUGCGGCCCAAGUUUUCCAAGUACAGCGUCCAGAUGCUCUGCUGGGGCGUCCGCAACCUGCAGCGCCACAAUUUGCUGACGGUCCGCCGCCCUUUCAUCUCGAUGAUCUUUGGCGAUUCUGAUGCAAAGCUCCGCCCAUUGCGAGAUGUCAAGGAUAACCCGAACUUUGACGAACCCCUCGUCACCUUCCAAGAAGUCAUGCUCCCGGACGAGCUGGAGCUAGCUCCGCCGCUCGUGCUCAACCUGCACGAUCAACGAGCUUUCCGGCGCCAACCGCUCGUCGGUGUCUGUCUGGUUAGCGACUACCGCAAAUACGUCAAAACAGCUCGAAUCCAAAAGCAAGACCAACUAUCUGACGACGGCUGGCAGCAAUUUGAGGAUCUGGUUGAGCUAGAAGAUGCUGCGGAUGCUAAAUUACCGAAAGUGGUGAAUGACGAACAUUUGGGCGAUUAUCGCAUCGACUGGUGGAGCAAGUUCUACUAUUCGGAUGGCCACUCCGAACGCGCUCCUGGUUUCAAAGAAACCGGCAUCGAAUCGCUGCGCAUCUUCCCAUGGCCACUGGAAGACACCAAGGAAUACGGGCGCUUCAAAGACUUCCUCGACACAUUCCACCCUGCAAAACGCGUGGUUUUAGGCCACUUUGAUGAUCAUGAAGAGAAGGAAUUGACGGGAGAGCUGAAAGGGCGCCUUUUCCUUCGAAAAUAUGAAGGAGAAAAAGCGCCCGCUUUGGCUCAACCGUCUGGCGUCGAAUUUCCUGGAGUGACAGCGUGCCGUGUGCGUCUCUAUGUUGUGGCUGCCACCGGCCUCAUCAACAAGAAAACGAACCGCGCCUGUGACUCCUACGUGAUGGCGCGAAUUGGGAAGAAGAAGAUCAGCCGCAAAGCCAGCUACUCCCCGGACAACGUUGAUCCAGAAUAUGGAGAGUUGAUCGAAUUUGAUGUUGAGCUCCCGCUCGAGAAGGACUUGGUCAUAACCGUCAUGAAUCGCCGGCGCAUCAUCCGUGACGAGGAAAUCGGCUCCACAACGAUCGAUCUCGAGGACCGCCUUUUGACGCGUCACCGGGCUACUGUAGCCCUCCCGCAGCAAUACACCACAAAGGGCGAUCUGGUGUGGAGGGACCAACUCAGCCCCCUCUCCACCCUUCGUCGAUACUGCCGUCGGAUGCAACUCCCACCACCACGUUUCCUCGGCGAUGCCUAUCCGAAUCUGGGACUUGAGGUGCUGGGCGUCAAAUUCAUGAUCAGCGACAUUGAGCGCGAGCCAACGCCCAGACCCCGGGUUGGCAGCCCGGUGCAGCGAGUGGCCCUCUUUGUACUCCACAAGAUGGGUCUGGUGCCUGAGCACGUCGAAUCACGCCCACUAUUUGACAGCCAUGGUGGAAAGCAAGAGGUGGGCCGCAUCCGCUGUUGGGUCGACAUCUUUCCCUUGGAUAUCGGCCCUGUACCCCGCCCGAUUGACAUCUCCGUCCGCCGCCCAGAACAAUACCAAAUCCGCAUCGCCAUCUUCAACGUGUUCAACGCGGUCGUCUGCAAGCGCAACUUCCAACAACCAUGCGGCGAUCUCUACGUCAAGGCAUUCCUCAAUGGCCAGCAAAAGGGCCAAAAGACGGAUGUUCACUACCGAGUGCUCGACGGCUUUGCAUCUUUCAACUAUCGAUUGAUCCUCGAUUUUGACUGGAACCCUUGGGAGAAGAAGAUCUACGCCAAGGAGAAGAAACGCCUCUUCAGGAAAUCACGCACCGAGCUGACAGACUCGUUGCUGAUUCUACAAUUGUGGGACAACAACAAGUUCAGCAAGGACACCCUCCUUGGCGAGCUGGUCGUUGAUCUACAGGGUUUCCAAGAGGGUAUGAUGGACCCCGAUGAGAUCCAAGCCGUCUACUACCCGCAAGUGCGCUACCGUAACCUUUGCGCCCGGUGUUGCCGUUGGUCGUGGGCUAGACGCCCGGCUCUUUGUUGCAACCGGAAACGGAAGGAGAAGCUCAAGCUCAAGGAGACGAUCCCGCUCCCCAAGGCCCCGCUCUACAAACCCCCAAACAAGGACGACCCCUACUUCCGGCCCUUCGAGGGGGAGACACUGCGCGGCUACUUCCCGAUGCUCCGCAAAGGGGCCGAGCUGCCAAAUGAACAGAAAGUCGACCACGACGCAAAGAAAAAGAAGAACGACGACUACGCGGUGCUCAAUCCCGACAAAAACUAUGUGACUGGAGUGGUCGAAAUGGAGGUGCAGCUCCUUCCGAAGCACGAGGCAGAUCGUGAGAAAGUGGGCUUGAAGCGGAAGAAGCCAAAUCAUAGCCCAACCCUCGAAAAGCCCGACCGAUCGACGUGGGAUUCUCACUGGUUGCUAUCUCGGAUCCGCCCGGCUCUUCGUCACUUCUGGCAUACCUGGGGAAAGCCGUUGAUCGUCUGGCUGGUGAUCAUCCUCUUGAUCGUACUCGUCGUCGCCUCAAUCCUCUACAACCUGCCCCUCAUCCUCGAGCGCGUCUUCGCUUCGAUGGCCGAGCUCAUCACGGGCGAG